UUUUGCUAACACAGCAGCUUUAAUUUGAUUUUGUGCUUUGCUCUUUAUAUUGGCAAUUCCCUUCUAACUCUAAUGAUUUUUAUUCAUUAAUUUAUUUAGUCAGUUUGUCCCUCCUGACAAAAAGAUCUUAACCAUCCUAAAAUGGUUUGCAGGUCUUAGCUGGUUUAAGAUUAAAAUCUGACCAAGCUGGUUUAGCUGGUCUCCCAAAAAGUCCUUAUAAAACCAGCAAACCGGCUUAGGCUGGUUCAGGAUAUUUUCAAAAAGAGAGCUGGAUUUAAAGGAAGGGCACAGUUUGAUUCAAACUCCUGGAUAUGUCCCUCUUCGUUCCCUGAUUGGUUGACGCCGUGUAAUUAGUUGUUACCACCUGAUGCUGAUUUGCUAUGCACACAGUAUAUGGGGCAUGUAAGGCUUGAGUUCAGUAGCACAAUGUACAAACAGAUUGUAGAUUCCUUCAUAUAUUUAGGGACCAUUUGAGCAUUUGAUUAAGCUCUUAAAAAUGAGCUGUGUCUUCGGGUUCUCCAGAGGUGACUGGACAACCAGAAACUCCCUUCUCAAUACCUCUGCUCAGACACAUCAAAAGUAUGUAAUAAACAGUCUUCAUGCAUUCACAGGUCACACUCAAGGGAUUAGUUACCAUUCAGAGUUAAGCUCAGUCUGAUCUGGAGGUGUGUGAGAAUGUUAAGGGUGUGUGUGUGUGUGUGUGUGUGUGUGUGUGUGUGUGUGUUUUGUUGCUUUAAAACUCCAGCCAAGUCUCAAAGCAGAUUAUGAGCUUUCAGCCAAACUCGCAGCGGGUUAACAGUCUCUGUUUGCUUUCACUUACUGGACGAGAACAUCACGGCAAUUACAGACACAGUGACUCUAUGUUGAACUUGCCAUAAUGUUAUAUAGAUUGCCAUUUUCCAUCUGGAUAUUUUACAGGUUUUUUUUUAAAACCAAUGGUUCACGGAUUGCUUGAGGAGUGAGUUUGAAUCUGAUCAAGAGCUGGACUUUGAAGAUGAGCUACUAGCACAUGCACACUACACACUGUGGAUUUAGACGUUCCCUCUGUCCUGAGGUAGAUUGGGGCUCAGUGAGACUGGCAGGACGGCUUGCAGGCGGCUAGCGGGUAGAGGGGCGCGGGCAGCGCUUAGUGGGCGGCCCCAGACCCCUCUGAUCAGGAAGGUGUCAGAUGAUGAAGAACGGAUGUCAGUUGGUAGCAGGAGCAACGUACGGUUGGAUUUGGCAGCGGCAGGUGCUUACAGCGGGCUUCCUCAGGCCGCCGCCGCCUCCUCCUCUCACUCACUCAAGAAGUCCAAGAAAAAGAAGAAACAUUCUUCCAGAACUAGCAAUGGCUAUGAUGAUGAUCUCAGCACAGUAUCUAGUCGGAUCUCCAGACUCAGUGAUGAGAGCAAAGCGUCUCGAUCCUCAAGAAUUGAUCUGCAGUCGAGUGCCUACUAUUCUUCAGAGUUGUACAGCAGCAGUAGUUAUACCUCUAAACAUCAAGGCCCCUCCUACAAUGGCUACCAGGGUUCUACAUAUAAGGACAGUCUUUACAGUGGCUCUCGACGCUCCAGUAUUCGUGCUUCCUCUGAAUACAGUGGUUUCCUGGGCUCCAGCUCUAGGACUUCGUCCAGGGCAAAUUCUGCAUGUGGCAGCCCGGUGGAGGACUGUGGCAGCUCAGUGCCCAGUUAUAUGUGCAACACUAGUAACAGUGGCCUCUCUAGAGACCUAGACCGUGUCAUCAUCCCUGACCUGCCAGAUGUUAAUGGGAGACUGUCUAUGGUUGAUGACCGGUUAGAGCGAGACUACUUGGAAAAGGGCUCUUCACGAGCAUCAACUAUAUCUGGCACCACUCUUACCUCUUUGGGUGGGACGUCCUCACGGAGAGGAAGUGGAGAUACAUCCAUCACUGUUGACACAGAAGCCUCUAUACGGGAAAUCAAGGAGAUUCAUGAGCUUAAGGAUCAGAUUCAAGACGUGGAGGCAAAGCACGUGCAGAACCUCAAAGAACUCAAGGACGCCCUGUUGGAAGUCGAGGAAAAGUUCCGGAAGGCCAUGGUGUCCAACGCACAGCUGGAUAAUGAGAAGACCAAUCUGAUUUAUGAAGUGGACACUUUGAAAGACUCUUUGAUUGGACUGGAGGAGAUGCUCUUUGAAACACGGCGUGAGCUUGAGGACAGGAGUAAGGACCUAGAACGAGAGAAGCAUGCCCACAGUAUACUGCAAUUUCAGUUCAACGAAGUGAAAGAGACAUUGAAACAAAGUGAAGACCUUCUAACUGAGAUCCGUCAGUUACGACUCAAGCAGGAUGGCUUUGUUAGGGAGAUUUCUGACCUCCAGGAAACAGUUGAAUGGAAGAAUAAAAAAAUUGGGGCAUUAGAGAGGCAGAAGGAAUUUUCUGAUGCCAUUCGAAAUGAGAGGGAUGAGCUCAGAGAUGAGGUUGUUCAGCUCAAAGAUAUUUUGAAGAAACAUGGUAUUGUCCUUGGACCCGACCUGGUCACCAAUGGAGAAACAGGGGAACAGGCAGGAGAGGCUGAUCCGAAUUCUCAAACAUCAUCUGCUGAAAUCAGAGAUGGGAGUAGCGUACUUGGCACUCAUCAGUUGGAGCCGAGUAAAGACCAGCACCAAAAAGAUUUGGAUACGGAGGUGCAGCUGUCUUCACAUGUCCCAUUCUGUUCUACAAAGACACCUUUAAAGGCAACCCUUAGGGACAAAAUUAAUCAGGGUGUAGGGCAGUCUGAGAAUAGACCUGAAGUAUCUCCAACUUCUGUUGGUGAAGAUGUGCUCACUUCAGCAAGACCCAUUGAUGAGAUCAAAGUAGAGGAGUCCAUACUGGAAGAUUCGGGUUGUAAAAUAGUGGAAUUAGAGUGCGAUGUUCACACUGAUGCACACAUGAACACAGAUCAACAAGAUGGCAUAGUGCCUGUCGAUCUUAGUCAGGUAAUCAAAGAGGAAGCUCCUAUAGAGUCCUUCUCUGGUCCAAUCCUGGAUAAAGAUCAAAGUGAUGAGGGAGAGCUUGAUAAUAAAAGCAAAGAUGAACCUGUAGAAUUGUUUAAAACAGAGAAACUUCCACAAACCCAAGGUGCCAGUGCUUCAAAUAAAAAGAGGAAAAAGAAAAAGAAAGGCAAGCAAAAACAAAGCAAAAAGCAAGAGAGUGACAAAAAGGUGGAUGACAAUAAUGAAAAAGUCUUGAGUGAGAAUAAUCCAAACCAAAAGAUGGAAAGGGAUCACGAGGGAAACCGCAAAGAACCCUUAGGGAAUUAUGUAUCCCAAACAAAAAUGGAUUCAAAAGUCCCAGCUGAUUCACAUGAUGAUGAUAAAAGAACCAUUGAAACAGACAGUGUUAAAACACCAAGCACAAAUUUAAAUGCUGAUGAUGCAAGAGACACAUUUCAAUCAGUUACAGAUGAGGCUGAUUUAGGAAAAGGUUCUAAAACCAUCUCCAAUUUUGAUUGCCCUGUAUCUAGAACAAGCACUGGUGUUCUUUCAGAUGCUCAGUCCAACCUCACAUCCAUUAUUGAUGAACAAACGGAGGACCCAACCAUUCCUGGCCAAGACGUUGUAAUCCUCUCCAGUGAGAUUGAUUCUUCAGAAAAAAAGGAUUUACUGUCUCCUACACUUUCUAAGCCCAUGGAUGCUGUUGGCGAGUGUGCGGAACCCCCCGAGUCUAUCAGCAACUCUGAAAACAUUGAGAAUUUUUUGUCAAUGGAUGUUAAGGAAGUGAAGAGUGAUCUGGACAGUGAUGCAGUAGAACAGCAGGCAAGGCUCCAAAAUAUUGAUCCAGAUGGGACCACUUUUCAUGAUGAUCACGAUGCCUCUGCUCCAAAUCUUUCAUUGUCCUCUGUGCUAAAGAUGGCAGAAAAUGAAGCUGAAAUACAAACACAGGAACAAGCAUCAAAGCCCAUUGAUCAGGAGUUGGAAAUUCAUCUUCAGGACAGUAUUCAAGUGGACCAGAAAGACAUUAAGACACAACAAGAUGUUGAAGAAAAUCCAAUAAUAUCUAAUGUGCUCGAGAGAGAAAAUGUUAAAUACACUGCUGUAUCUGAUACUCUUGUUCAACACAUUGGAGAAGAAGCUGAGGAGGAGGGAAGGUUACUCCAAGAUCGGGUAAAACAUGAAGCCUGCAUGUCUGGCGAGGAUGAGACAAAUCAGGAAUCGGUAGAAUCAGGAGCCUCUGACCAAAAACUCAAGAUAGAAAAAUGUGAGGAGGACAAAUUAUUCCUAGGUCAGGUUAUACCUGAGGCUCAACUGUCUAAAGAGGAUCUGGCCAGUAAGGAAUCAGUAGAGUCAGAAGCCUUUGAAGAACCCAAUCUAGAAAAAGAUGAGGAUGAUGAAAAAGAAAGAUCCCUCCGAGAUGAGGUUAUACCUGAGGCUCCGCUGUCUGGAGAGGAUGAAGCCAGUCAGGAAUCAGUAGAGUCAGAAGCCUUUGAAGAACCCAAUCUAGAAAAAGAUGAGAAAGAAAGGUCACUCCAAGAUGAGGUUAUACCUGUGGCUCAACUGUCUGGAAAGGAUCCGGCCAAUCAGGAAUCAGUAGAGUCAGAAGCCUUUGAAGAACCCAAUCUAGAAAAAGAUGAGAAAGAAAGGUCACUCCAAGAUGAGGUUAUACCUGUGGCUCAACUGUCUGGAAAGGAUCCGGCCAAUCAGGAAUCAGUAGAGUCAGAAGACUUUGAAGAACCCAAUCUAGAAAAAGAUGAGGAUGAUGAGAAAGAAAGGUCACUCCAAGAUGAGGUUAUACCUGAGGCUCCGCUGUCUGGAGAGGAUGAAGCCAAUCGGGAAUCAGUAGAGUCAGGAGCCUCUGACCAAAAACCCAAGCUAGAAAAAUUUGAGGAAGAUGAGAAAGAAAAGUCAUCCCAAAAUCAAGUUAUGCUUGAUACGCAACUGGCAGGAGAUGAUGAAGACAGCCUGGUAGAGUCAGAUGUGGUUGCUCAAGAACCCAAGGAAGAAAAUGAGGAGGAAGACGAAGGAGAAUCGUUUGAUUUUGAUGACAUGGAUCAUGAAGCAUCAUCAGAUUUACUUCCUAAAAUCAGUCUAGAUCAACCAAAUAUGGAUGUUACACUGUUCAAAGAAAAUAUGCUAGUUCCAAGCCAGGAUUUCCAAAGCGACGUCAUUGAUGAGGACCGGACACAAGAUGAUGAACUUGCAGCUCAUGUACCAAAGCCAAAGGAGCAUAUGGAUGAUGGACUUGCUAUAGAAGACCUACAAACAACAACAGAGGUAGAAGGAUGUUUACCAGAGGUCAACAAGGAAGAAGUUGGACCUAGUCAUCAGCAACAUGAUAAAGAAUUCACAGUUAAGAAGCAUCUACAAGCAGCAGAUGUAAGACACGAUGAGGGGGUCAAUCUGAUCUCAGAGAUGGGGACAAAAGAUUUAGGCCAAGAGAUCAUUCACCACGAAUCAAAGAUUUCAGGAGAGCAGGAGGUUGAGAGGGAAACAACAGUGAGCAACAAGGAAGAUUAUAGAAAGGAAUCUAAAAAAAGUGGCAAGAAAGGGAAGGGCAAAGGGAAAGAAGAAUGUAAAAUGUCUUAAUAUACAAGUUUGUGAAGUUUGAGUCUUUUUUUUAUUCAACUCUUCAACAUUGCACGUAUGUAGGUUUAAAGGAAACUAUUUUGGGACCAUUAAUGUAAAAACUUCUGAGAACCCUAGAAUACUAAAUGUUAUCUUACAGUUUUUGACUAAGACUUAGUCUUAUCAUCUGCCAUGUUAUUUUCAUAAUGUUUCAUCAAACUCAUUUUAUACAAUAAUAUUUGACAUCUGAUAAAAAAUGCUGGAUCACCUCUGGAUGUGAAUAGGCCAAACUGAAUAUCUGAUACAUUUUUAAAACCAAUCACACAUUAAAUGCUAGCAGUAAAGAGUGUAAAUGUCAUAUUUACUUAGAAAUGUUACAUAAUCAUAUGAUGUUUCACAUAAAAUAUGUAAUGUAAUAAUAAAAUGAAUUUGCUACCUUUAACAGCUAUGCUGCAUUUAUAGUUAUCAAUGACACCUGACAUGUUUUCUAAUUAAAGUGACUUUGGGUGAAUGGGACACGAUGUAUUUUGUGUGCUGUUUAUAUUAAUAGGUGUGUCCCAUGUGGUAAAUAAAAUACUUUGUUGCGGGCCUUCCCUAUUUAGUAUUCCUCCAAUAAUUUGACUGGAACUUUGUAGUUACACUUUGUUUCUCAAUUUAAAUUAUGGGAGAUACUAACAAGUGGAAAUGUUUAAUUUAUUGUGUUUGGUGACCAAAGAUGAUGUUGGAACCUAGAGAUCUAUUGACCUAUCCUAAAAUAAAACUCAAAUUAAAAAAAAUUAUUGACUGUUGUCCAGUAGAAUAUUUUAAAGUCCAAAUGAGGAAAUGGCUAUUUUUCAAAAAUACAAAUAAAACUUUUUCUUUUUCAGACAUUUGUUUCACAGCUUUGUAAGCAGAUUGAGUAAUUGAGACAUGUUAAAGAUAUACAUUGAAGAUAAUAUAGAUUGAUUAAUAGAUAUACAUUGAAGUACACAUUGACUUUGAGUGAACUGUGCUGUUGCACUGUACGUUGAGUUGAGUAUGCCGAAGUUCCUGCAUGUUAUCCACCCUCAUUCUUCACAUCCCACCAUAGGAUAGCCUCACUUUUGCAUGCCUUGACUCCUCCCCUCCAUGCAUUUGGCUCCUCCCACUCCUGGUAUGUGAAAAUCUACUUUACUUUCUAAACUUAGAAUGAGUUUUAUUUAACAAGCAUGAGAACAAGUGUAUGGGAUCAGAAGCAUUUAUUGUUGGAUACUGUUGUGAUAAUGCAACAUUUUAUAUGACCAGCUCUGUUUAGAGGCUGCUCCACCCUGUUUACAAUGCUUUAAACCAUUUGUAGGUUAACUUUAAGAACGGUAUUCUUUGUGCAAUAAAAUGUCCAUUUUAAUUUCAAGUUUGCGAUGGUCCAUAUAUAUAUAUAUAUAUAUAUAGUCACCUGACCAAUAUCUUUUGAAAGUGUAGAAACUACAAAGUCUUCAUACAUACUUCUAGGCAUUGAUCUUUUUUAGAAAUGCAGAUUGACAAUUGUUAUAUCUAUUAUAAAUGUACCCUAAUGUGGUUAUCACAUGUUCUUUUUGUUGGACAAACAAGCAAAGUUGUUUUUGUAGUGUUAUGGUCCACCUGUUAACCUCUGGACCUGCU